AUGUCUUCUUGUCAGGGUCUGGCGAAAGACGAUGUCGACUUCGACUCAACAUGGAACACUUUAUCUACCGCUUUCCACGAGAUUUUCGCCAAAAACGCCUCCAAACUCUCGUUCGAAGAACUCUUCCGCAAUGCAUACAAACUAGUCUUGAAGAAAAAGCAGGAUAUGCUGUACGACAGGGUCGCGGAGUUGAUAUCGUUAUGGCUGUGGAACAAUGUGCGAACGAAGAUACACAGUCUGGUAACACCUGCGCUCCUAGCAGAUCGCAUGGACAAACACGCCGCCAUAUCGGAAGAGAGCAGAGUCGCUGGUGAGAGGUAUAUUAGAGCUCUCAAGGAUGCCUUUGCCGACCAUCAACUUUGCAUGGGGAUGAUCACCGACGUUCUGAUGUACAUGCCGACGCAGGACCGCAUGUAUGCCCAAGAUAAGAAGAGACCACCAAUUUUUUCCGCCUCAAUGACGCUGUUUCGAAUGAGGGUUCUGGAGAGUACUUUGGAAACUGAACCGCCACUGACUGUCCUCGGUCUAUUGAACACUGUUCUACUUGAUAUGAUCAAGUCUGAACGCAAAGGUGAAAUCAUUGAUCGACCGUUGGUUCGUGCUUGUUGCUACAUGUUGGAGGGCGUCUACGACUCGUACAGGGAUGAAGAAUCCAGCAAACUAUACCUCACGUCAUUCGAGCCUCUGUUCCUGCAAGCGAGUCGAGAGUUCUAUACGACCGAAGGCCAAACUUUGUUGGUCGAGGCCGACGCAAGUUCGUUUUGCACCCACGCAAGGAAACGUUUGGCCGAAGAACAAGAGCGUUGCCAGCAGACCAUCUCCCAACUUACAGAACAUAAAAUCAAAGCUGUCGUGGAAACGGAGCUCAUUUCUGCUCAUAUUCGCGAAGUCAUCAACAUGGAGGGCACUGGGGUGCAGAGCAUGCUGGACAAUGACAAAAUUCAAGAUCUUGCCAAUGUGUACGAACUCGUUAGCAGAGUGGACCCGCGGAAGACUGCGCUGAAGGAUGUGGUCAAGAAGCGAGUGAUAGAGCUCGGCACGGACAUCAACAAGGUUGCAAAUGUCAUUGGUGAAGCCGCACCCGCAGCGAAGGCCACACAGAAAGCCGGUGCUGACAGCAAAGGCAUCCAACAGGAGAAGGCGCUGAAUCAACAGACCCAUGCCGCCAUCAUGUGGGUAGAUCAGGUUCUCAUGCUGCAGGCAAAGUUUGACAAAAUCUGGAAAGAAGCAUUCCAGAAAGAUACAAUCCUAGAGAAAGCCCUACAGAACUCAUUCCAGGAUUUCAUCAAUAUCAACGACCGAAGCGCAGAACAUCUAUCUCUUUUCCUUGAUGAAUAUCUGAAACGGGGUGGAAAGGACAAGAGUGACAAGGAGGUGGACAUAGUCCUCGAAGACGGCAUUUUACUUUUGCAAUAUCUUGCGAACAAGGACACUUUCGAGACAUACUAUAAGAGGCACAUGGCGAAGCGUCUCCUGAUGAAGAAAUCAGUCAGUCGAGAAAUGGAACGCGAGAUGCUCUCGAAGAUGAAGAUGAAAAUUGGGAACCAGUUCACCCAGAAGCUGGAAGGUCUCAUUAGAGAUACGGAGACGUCAGAUGAUCUCAACAUCAAAUACAAGAAAUAUGUUGACAAGCUCGGCGACCGCGAUCCCAAACGUGUGGAGCUGGAAUGCAGAGUCUUGACCACGACUAUUUGGCCCUUCGAAACGCUCAGCAAGCCCGAUGAAAACGCUGCCAAGACCGAAUGCAAGUUUCCAGCUCCGGUUGAACAGGUGCGACAGAGAUUUGAGAGAUUCUACCUUGAUAGGCAUACAGGGAGAAAGUUGACCUGGAUGCCCGGUCUCGGUGAUGCCGACAUGAGAGCUACAUUCACGAACGGUGGGAAAACGCGGCGAUACGAACUCAAUGUUUCGACCUAUGCAAUGAUUAUUCUCAUGCUCUUCAACGAUCUCGCACCAGGGGAAUGUUAUACCUUUGAGCAAAUUAUGGCUGAAACCAAUAUUCCCAAGCCUGAGCUCGUCCGGAACCUCCAGUCACUAUCGUUGGUGAGUAAAUGGAGGGUUCUUCGCAAAGAGCCCAUGACGAAAGACAUCAAGCCAUCAGACAAAUUUUACUUCAAUGAAGAUUUCACCAGCCAGUUUCUCAAGAUCAAAGUGAGCGUGGUCGCGGGAGGCGGCGCUAACCGGGUCGAGAGCUCGGAAGAACGUCGUGCGACUCAGAAGCGGACAGAAGAGGAGCGCGGGAUUGUCAUCGACGCUGCGAUUGUUCGGAUCAUGAAGUCGCGCAAGACUGUGACGCAUGCACAGCUGAUGACGGAGACUCUGGCACAGGUCUCGUCUCGUUUCCAGCCCGAUGUCAAUAUGAUUAAGAAGAAGAUUGAAUCGCUGAUAGAGAAGGAGUACAUGGAGAGGGGUCCUGACCCAGCAAAACCUUCCUACAUCUACCUGGCUUGA